CUCCUCUCACCAUCUUCCUGUCUUUUUUUCUCCUCCUCCUCCACCACACUCAUACUGUACACACCUGGCUUCCUUUUUUGCGAAUCACUUUCUCUGUUUUUGGCCAAAAUGUACCGGAACCCGUGGAUCAGCAACUACUUGAGCCAUGUCAAGUUCUGCCAAGGAUUUGUGGGGGACACUCCAAACAAACUUGGGACCCCCAAGCUUCAGCAGAGCAGGUCACUCAGCUUUCAGAAGGACCUGUGUAUUGAGGACUCUGCUGACCUCAUCCAGAACAGUAAGGACAUCAAUGUCAAUCUCUUGCCCGUUCUUCCCAAAGUUUCAGAACUGAGGAAGCGUUUUGAGAGCAUCAGCACCAGUGCCAGUGACUGGGAAAUGAACCGGAAAGAGCGGAUAUCGCGGCGUCUGGAGGGGAUCGAUGGCGAGCUCCAACUGUCCAGCUGCACCAGCCUGGUGUCCAACCGGCUCCUCGAAGAAGACACUCCCCGAUACACUCGCGCCAACGAUGCCUGCGACCCCUGCAUGGUGUCCAUGCAGCGCUCCAUGAAGUCUGACGGUGACCUGUCAUUGGACGAUCAGGUACUUGCGUCGGAGCGUCAGUCUCGCCCGCGCACACGCACCGACGUCCCUCCCACCGCGCCCAGCCAGGGUCAGAGCCAGGUCCCGCUCGCCGGCGACUCCAAGGCCGAGCGCAUCGCCCGCUACAAGGCCGAGCGUCGGCGGCAGCUGGCCGAGCGCUACGGCAUCUCCCUGGAGCCCGAGGCCGAGCCCGACUACUCCGCGCGCUACUCCGCCGCCCGCCGACGCCAGUCGGACGCGUCUGACCGCACCGCCACCUCCGAGCGGCCCGCGUCCAGGGAGGAGGAGGAGGAGGAGGUCAGGGGUCAGAGGUCGGCUCGCUCCUCCAGCCUGCAGACGCACGCGGGCCCGGAGCUGGCGACGCAGCAGCAGCAGCAGCACACGCACGUGUACACCCACUCGGCGGAGCGUGUGGAGGCGCUGUCGGAGCGCGAGCGCCGCAUGAACCUGGAGAACCAGCGGCGGGCACAGGAGAGGGGCAUGAUGGGAGGCGGCGUGGGCGUGGGCGUGGGCGUGGCCUCGCAGGACACCUCGUCCUACAUGGACGUGUCGGGCUCCUCGCACAAGUCCACCACCUCAUCGCCAGGGGAUCUGUUCAUUGAGCAGCAGGCGCAAAGCAUCCUGCACAGACAUGGCCCUAGCUGGUCACUGCAGACUGACCGGGAGGGGGACACCCAGUCCCUCAUCAACUGGCCCUCCAGAAUCCGUGGCAGGGAACGUGUUGGCUCUCGUGAGCCACACACACACACCUCACCUGACCCCGCCUCCUCCUCCGCACGCCCACACCUGGCCGCCACCCUGCCCUCGGACUCCUACCUGUCCAUGAGCCGCGGAGCGAGGGAUCAGGAGGACGGCGAGCAGACAACAGGACAGACGACAGGACAGACGGCGGACGCUCCGACGGAGGCGCAGACGCAGGGCCUGCUGCGCAGCCGCAAAGCGGUCCUCCCCUCGGAGGUGCGUCGGCGCGAGCGCAGUGUGGACGAGCCCCGUCGCCGUCCUCGAACCCUCGUCCCCUACCGGCCACCGUUAUCGCGGCGCCCCGGCGACCGAGAUGUCCGAGAUGACCGCUGCCGGUCCGCAGACGACGACGACGACGGCGGCCGCGAGAGAUGCCAAGGCCAGAGCAGACGCCCAGGGAUACCCGCAGCACGGCCACACACUCGCUCCGCUACACUCCCACGCCCCUGCGUUCACACACACCGUGCCGCACGUCCAGGACACACAUGGCAGCCACAGCAGUCCAGAGCCUUGGAGGAGAGUGCUCCCCCUGCGUAUACACACUCCACACACACCCCUGCACCACACACACCCUCCCACACACACCUGGCAGCCUCAGCAGUCAGAGUCUCGGAAGAUGGUUCUAGCCGCACGCACGCGCACACACACUCUCAGCAGCACGCUGACCCACACCACGCACGGACGCACUCCCCCACGGAGGGUCCGGAGGAGCGGGAGACUCGUCUGUCCGUGGCCCAGCUUCGCAGCUCCUUCCUGCAGGGAAACAGCGCCACCCACCAGCGCAAGGAGGAACUCGACGACGACCAAACGGAGGCGUUGCCUGCCGUCACGGUCCCGGCCGCGGCGCCGUGGAGAUCAGACAGGGUGGGGCGUCGCCCCCGGCGAUACAUCUCGCCCACCGAGAAUAGAAAGAGCUCGGAGAGGUUUAGGACCCAGCCAAUCACUUCUUCCGAACGGCAGGAUUCCGAUAGGUCUGCUGUGAGCCCGGAACCUUCCACCGGUGAAGUGGAUGAUGAGAAGCUGGACGAGAGGGCAAAGAGCGUGGCUGCCAAGCGAUCUCUAUUCCGGGAGCUAGAGCGUAGUGUGGAAGGCGGUGCUCCAAAGCCGUGGGCCAGUCGUAACGCAGCCGUGGAGCGCAGGCUGAGAAGAGGGCAGGACCGGUCACGCACCCAGCCAAUCACCACCGAGGAGGUGGUCAUUGCUGCCACAGUUGCUGACUUGGCCCACUGCGCUAACAUCAUUAGCAUGUGUGUUCCCACGCCAGACAGCCGCCACUGCUGCAGCAGUGGAGACGGCCCAGGCUCAGGUCCGGUCCCGGUCCCGGGUCCAGGCUGUGCCCAGCAGCACCGUCUUCCCGACGUGGCGAGCGACGAGCCUGACCUGUCCACGCUCAGCCUCGCGGAGAAGAUGGCGCUGUUCAACCGGCUGGCCCAGCCGGCCCCCGUCGUGCCCCGCGGUCGCGGAGACACCAGGGCGCGCCGUAGCAACGCACGGUACCAGACCCAGCCCAUCACCCUGGGGGUGGAGCAGGACAGUUUCUCUGAUUCUGAUCUGAGUGACAUGGUGGUAGAGGUGUCAGACGACGAGCUUGAACACCUGCAGAGUUCCAAGUUCUCCUCUGCGCUCCAGCACACCACCGUCUCAACGGCGCACGCCGGCGACCUCCAGCUGGCCUCUGCUGCCCCCGGUGGUGGCAAUGGGUACUACGAGUGCACCACCCCUGCCCACGAACCUCCAGCCCCGCAAGGGCCUCUGGACCGGACCCCAGCCCAGGCGGAGCAGCCGUACCUGGGCAGCAGCAGCAGCAAGCGAAGCUCCCCUCUCCGGAGACCAGCGUCAGACAGCCUGCUCUCCCCCAACCCACAUAUACACACGCGCACGUGCAGCCUGCGGCGUACACACACACACCCUCUCACAGCCGUGCCACAGAGCACCUGCCCAGGGCAAAGGCUAAAGGUCAGUUUGUCCAUCUCUGCUUUUCUUGCACUGAUAAACAUAAAUGGCAUCAAAGGCUUUCACACAGACCUUUCCGGAGCUCACAGCGUCAGUACGUUCUGUGGAGGCCCCGUCACAGCAGCAGCCAUCUCCAGCAGCAGGCACACACACACACACGCAGACACACACACACACGCAGACAACACACACACACCCUGCUCACGCACACACACAGCCCGCAGCACAGCAGCAGCAGCAACAUCAGGAGCCCGCGUGGCGCACAGACGGUGGGAGAGACAGAGAGAGGGAGCGAGAGAGGAGAGAGGACGAGGACGAGGACGAGAGAGUCACAGACGUCCAGACGAAGAUGAGCUUGAAGACGUCAUGUCUGCCAGACAGAUGUCCAUCAAAGAGAGGCUGGCCCUCCUGAUGAAGAAUGGCGAGGAUGACUGGAGGAACCGCAUCAACAGGAAACAGGAUGUGGUGCGGGUGGCCAUCUCCGAGCGCCAUGCCCAGCUCUGGGAGGUGGAGCAGAGCUUCAAGAAGAAGGAUGGAGGGAUGAUGAUAAAUGACUUUGCAGUGUCUGAUCAGCUCUGGGAUCCUGUCUUCUCCUCUGCCCUCUCCCUCACUGAUGACAGCCAAGUGGGCUUUGCUCCUCCCGGCCAGGCGAGCCCCCCCUACUCUCCCCUCAUGGAUGACCGGCACCCCUGGAGACGGAAGAGGAUUGGGGAGGAGGCUGAUCGAGUGGAGAUGAGCAUUCAGGAGCGCAAACGACUCAUCUGUGCACAACAGGAGGCAUCCAGGGUCAAAGGUCACGGAGUCGCCAACGACUCCACGCAGUUCACUGUGGCCGCACGCAUGGUCAAGAAAGGUUUGGCAGAUCCUACUGCGCUAAGUUGCCCUGCACCUGCUGUCCUAACCUCAAAGAACAAGAACCACACGCAUCCUAUCAAGCCACAAGAAGAGAUUGAGGUCAGGGGGAAUGUGACUGUGGAAUCAGACAAGAAAUUGGACAAGCUGGAGUCUUUCCUUGACAGGCUCAACAACAAAGUGGCCGGUCUGCCAGAGUCCACUCUCACCGUGAUUCCGAAGGGUGUAAAGGAGGUGAUGCAGCUGGACGACGAGAUCUUCUCCAAGUUCUACACACACACGCAACAGAUCAGCGCACACUCCGCCGCCCUGGAGUUUAGUGGCGAUUUCGACGCCAUCUUCGAUCCAAGUACUCCCAAGUUGACGUCUGAGAUGGUGCAGCACAAGCGGGCGGUGCGGCCGCUGAAGAAGGUGCAGUCGUCACGGAACCCGCUGAAGAUGCUGGCCGCCAGGGACGACAUCCGGCACGAGUACACCGAGCACCGGCUCAACAUCGGCCUGCUGGAGAGCAAGAGGAUGAAGCAGGACAAGAUAAAUAAAGGCUCUGGCGGUUUCUCGGACGUGGCGCUGGCCGGCCUGGCCAGCAAGGAGAACUUCAGCAACGUGAACCUGCGCAGCGUCAACGUGUCCGAGCAGACCUCCAACAACAGCGCCCUGCCUUACAAGAAGACCAUGCUAGUCCAGGUCAAAGGUCGUCGUCAUGUGCAGACGCGUCUGGUGGAGCCCCGGGCCUCUUCUCUGAACAGCGGAGACUGCUUCCUGCUCAUCACCCCACACCACUGCUUCAUCUGGACCGGAGAGUUUGCCAACGUCAUCGAGAAGGCCAAGGCUGCCGAGCUGGUACAGUUUAUCCAGACAAAGCAUGACCUUGGCUGUCGGGCGUCGUAUGUCCAGGCCAUUGAGGAGGGCACGAACACAAGCAGUCAUGCGGCUAGAGACUUCUGGAAGAUUCUAGGAGGCCAGAGCAGCUACCAACCGGCAGGCCCUCCGGAGGAGGAUGAGCUGUAUGAGAGUGCCAUAGUGGAGACCAACUGUGUGUAUCGGCUGGUGGAGGACAAGCUGCAGCCGGACGACGACUUCUGGGGCCGAGUCCCACGCUGCAGCCUGCUGCAGUCCAAAGAGGUGCUGGUGUUUGACUUUGGCAGUGAGCUGUACGUAUGGCAUGGGCGUGAGGUGACGCUGGCUCAGAGGAAGGUGGCCUUCCAGCUGGCCAAGCACCUGUGGAACAGCAGCUUUGACUACACCACCUGCGACAUCAACCCCCUCGACCCGGGGGAGUGCAACCCACUCAUCCCCAAGAAGGGCCAGGGUCGUCCUGACUGGGCAGUGUUUGGGCGCCUGACUGAGCACAACGAGACGACUCUGUUCAAGGAGAAGUUUCUGGACUGGACGCAGAGAGUGCCAAGCAACCAGCAGAACACAGACAACAAGGAGCAGAGCGGUCCAGAGCUCAAACCGUACAACGUCUCCGUGAUGCUUGCGGCCCCCAGAGCUCCGGUGCGGACGGUACUGGACGGCACUGACGUGGGGCGGGGCUACGGCAUGGUGGACGGUGAGGACGGCCGCAGCUUUGAGGUCAGCACGCUAGGGGUGGAGGCGUGGCAUAUUCUGGAGUUCGACUACAGCCGACUGCCCAAUCAGAGCGUGGGGCAGUUCCACGAGGGCGACACCUACGUGGUCAAAUGGAAGUAUAUGGUCAGCACGGCAGUGGGGAAGCGUCUGAAUUCGGAGCGUGUGAUUGGUCCAGGGAAGGAGCGCUGUGUGUAUUUCUUCUGGCAGGGCCGCAGCUCCAGCAUCAGCGAGAAAGGAACGUCCGCUCUCAUGACCGUCGAGCUGGACGAGGAGAGAGGAGCACAGGUCCAGGUGUUACAGGGGAAAGAGCCACCGUGUUUCCUGCAGUGUUUUAACGGAGGCAUGAUUGUCCACUCAGGAAAGAGAGAGGAGGAAGAAGAGAACUCCCAGAAUGACUGGCGUCUGUACUGUGUGCGUGGCGAGCGGCCCAUAGAGGGCCACCUGCUGGAGGUGGCGUGCCACUGCAGCUCGCUGCGAUCGCGUGCCUGCAUGGUGCUGCUCAACGUCACCCGCGCCACUCUCUACCUCUGGCACGGCUGCAAGACGCAGACGCACACGCGUGAGGUGGGACGCACCACCGCCAACAAGAUCAAGGAGAGGUGUCCUCUGGAGGCGGGACUCCACUGCAGCAGUAACGUGAACAUUCAGGAGUGUGAGGAGGGCUAUGAGCCAACCGGCUUCUUCGAUGCCCUUGGGGGGCGGGACCGACGCGCCUACGACUGCAUGCUGCAAGAUCUGGGGAAGUUCCGCUUCACCCCGCGUCUGUUCCAGCUGAGCAGUAGUUCUGGGGAGUUUGUGGCUCAGGAGCUGCUGUGUCCAUUCAGAGUGUCGAGCCAGACCAACGCACUGCCCUUCCUACAGGAGGACCUCUACACAGCACCACAGCCAGCGUUGUUCCUGGUGGAUAACCAUCACGAGGUGUACCUGUGGCAGGGCUGGUGGUCCGAGGCCAGCGAGAGCACCGGCUCCGCACGCAUCCGCUGGGACGCCGACAGGAAGUGCGCCAUGGAAACCGUCCUCCAGUACUGCAAAGAGAAGAAUGAGGUGAAGCCUCCUAAGUCGUACCUGAUCCACGCAGGGCUGGAGCCCCUCACCUUCACCAACAUGUUCCCCUGCUGGGAGCACAGACCAGACAUCGCCCAGAUCACUGAGAAGGAAGCAGAGGUGUGCAAUCAGAUCAUCCUAGUGGAGGACGUCCUGGCCCGCCUCUGCAAAGAUACCUACCCAUUGGCCGAUCUGUUGGCCCGCCCCCUGCCAGCAGGCGUUGACCCACUGAGACUGGAGAUCUACCUAUCAGACGAAGACUUUGAGGGUGUAGGGUGGUAGGAGAAGAAAGCACUGGCGAUGACGAGGAGUGAGUAUGAAGCGCUGCCGGCAUGGAAGCAAGUGAAGAUGAAGAAAGCCAAAGGAUUGUUCUGAUGGACAUAAAGACAUUAAGACAGAAUGCGUGUGUGUGUGUGUGUGUGUGUGGGUGUGUGGGUGUGUGUGUAUGUGGGUGUGUGUGUGGGUGUGUGUGUAUGUGUGUCUGUGUGUGUGGGUGUGUGCACCAGCUUGAGCAUAUGAGUCCUGACUUGUCACUCACCAAGGUGGUUGGAAAGUCAUUCCGGGACCUUUUAACGUGUGACCUUUGAACUUUGACCUGGAUGGAUUGGUGGACUUGCACGGAAUCGGACAGUUCUGUGUAGCCUGGAAGCGAGGGAGCAAAGAAGGAGUAAAGAAGAAGAGGAGGAGAGAAAGAGAAAAAAGAGAGAGAGAAGGUGAUCAGAGAUGGAGGUGUGCCAGCCUCUUAAAAAAGUUUUGUCCUUUUGUUCUGUUUGGUCUGUUGCUUUCUUUUUUUCUUUCCUUCUUAUUAGUAGCAGAGUGAACACUUAGUGUACUUUCAUUUGUGUGUGUGUGUGUGUGAGAGAGAGAGAGUGUGUGACUGUGUGAGAGAGAGGAAGAAAGAGAGAUAGUGAAGAGUCUGUGUGUGUGUGUAUGUGUGUGUGUGUGUGUGUGUCUUGAUUCAUAACAAAUCUUGUUAUUUAUGUAAAGGCAUCAGAGAAAACCUCCUUCAGUGUUGCUCCAGAAUAGAAGGGAGGAGAAUAGUGUGUACAAUAGGAAAUAUAAAUGAGUGUGUGAUGAGGAGUAUGCUUGUGUGACCUGUGUGUGUGUGUGUGUGUGUGUGUGUGCGUGUGUGCGUGUGUGCGUGUGUGCGUGUGUGCGUGUGUGUGUGCGUGUGUGUGUGUGUGUGUGUGUGUGUGUGUGUGUGUGUGUUAAAUAUCAGCUAUGGAUUUCUGAUUAUUUUUUCAUUUGUUACACACACACACACACACAUGCACACUAGAAAAUGAUAUGACUCGUAUUUCUGCACUCACUAGGACCUACUCUUUUGUGUGUGUGUGUGUGUCACCUUCAGAUGUUUAGUGCCUUGCUUUUAUGUACAGUUUUUACCCAGAGAGAUGCUAGUCUGCAUUUGAAAGACUGCCUUUGUGAUAAAAGAGUAUUAGAAUGAAAUGAAUAAACACUGACUAUUAUUAAUAAAUCUAAUGAAUCUC